AUACUUAGUUAAUCGGUGAUUUAUAUCAUAGUUUACACAUUAAACGAUACGUAUGCGUUGACCAACGCUUGAGAAACUACCCACUGCCCACUACGCACUGCCCUCGCCGGAUUCUUCACUGGUCGUUUGUGUUCACUAUUGACGAAUUCAAGAUGCUGGGGCGCGCGGCGGCAACGGCGAUGAUGGCGGCGCUGUGGAUCGGUUGUUGGUGCGGCGGUUGCCGGGCGUACCGGAUCCUGGCGUACGAGCCGAGCGUCGGGCACAGCCACUGGAACGUGAUGUCGGCCGUGCUGGAGAGCCUGGUGGACGCGGGCCACGUGGUGGUGUGCGCGACCGUGCACCCGGCCACCGGGCGUCUAGCCGGCCAUCCGAACUACACGCACGUGGACAUGGCGGCCGGGGUGCCGGAGCACGCGCACCGGACGGCCCGGGACCUGGACUACGCGCAGCUGAUGUCACUGUUCCGGUCGAACGCGUUCCUCGUGCGGUCCGUCACCGACCUGACGCGGCGCAUGUGCCGGCUGUUGUUCGAGAUGCCGGGCACGCGGCGGUAUCUGGUCGGCGGUGGCCGCGCGGGCCGAUUCGACGCGGUCGUCGUGGAGUCGCUGCACUCGGAGUGCGGCGCCGCGCUGCCCCGGGCGCUGCGCGUGCCCGCCGUGUACGUGGUGCCGUGCCCGCCGGUCAGCUGGAUGCCCGCGGCCACCGGGUCACCGGACAGCCCGUCGUACCUGGGCGCGUUGCUCGCCGACCGCCCGACGCCCGUCACGUUCCGGGACCGGCUGGCCAACGCGCUCGUUUACGUGCACACCCAGCUGGUGCGGCGGUACCACGACGCCGGCUCCUGGGUUCACGACACCGCCGUCCUGUCACCGUCCGCGUCAACAGGCGCCGUGGUGCUGAUCAACACGCACCACUCGAUCGAACCGGCCCGGUCGGCGGGGCCCAACGUCGUCGAUAUCGGUGGCAUUCACCUGCGGCCCGCAGGACCGAUACCCCGAGAUUUAGCACAAGUGCUGGACGACAGUGAUGAAUUCGGAGUAAUCGUGUUUUCUUUCGGAUCUUUGGUGGCGUUGAACUCACUGCCUGAGGACAUAUUAGACAAGCUAAAAUCCGUAUUCAGACAACUGCCCCAGACGAUCAUUUGGAAGUACGAAAACGAUCACAUGCCCGACAAGCCGGACAACGUGGUGCUAUACAAAUGGUUACCGCAACGUGCAAUAUUACAACACCCAAACGUGAAAGUAUUCAUCAGUCACGGUGGGUUGAACGGAGUGUACGAGGCUGUAGAUGGCGGAGUUCCAAUUCUCGGUAUACCUUUGUUUUUCGACCAACCUCGAAACAUUCAAAAUCUCGUGGAUCUCGGAAUGGCGUUAUCUUUGAAAAUCAACGAAUUCACUGAAGCGACCCUAUACGAAGCCAUUAAUCGAUUAAUCGAGGAUCAAAAGUACUGUAAAUUAAUGAAUUUUUCAGAAAACGCCAAACGGGUGUCGACCCUGUUCAAAGACCGUCCCAUGUCACCGUCCGAUUCCGCCGUCUACUGGAUCGAAUAUCUGAUUCGACACGGAUCUGAAGCUAAUGUCACGCCCCCGUCAGCGGACGCUUCUUGGACCGUUCACUUCAUGGUAGACCAGCUAUUCGUCGCCUUGUCGGUCUUGGCACUCGCGUUAUGGUGCAGCGUACGAGUCUUCCGUUACAGGACAUCGAUCGGAAUACCGGGGAAAUAAAGUCUCACAUCAGUUACCGCGGCCGCGGUAGGAUGCCAUUUUCGGAGGGCAUAUUGGUCAAAUUAUUUUCAAGUACGCUGUAUUAGUAAACAGAGACGACGUUUAAGUUCGACCGCCGAAAAAUGCCAUUCUUGUUAAUUUUAUUUUUAUACUUAAAAAUUAAUAAUAAUAACAAUAUAAGUUUUAAAAUAAAAAUA